ACCCCCCUCCUCUGCACUUUGUACCUUUCUCGCCGCGACUGCGAAGCGGGCCGGGACAGGCCGGGCCAGACUAAACCAGACCCCGGGGGCGAUGCGGCUGCAGCCCCUGCUGCGGACUGUCCUCUGGGCCGCGCUCCUCAGCUCCCCUCUGAGAGGGAGCUCUGGUCUCCGCCACGAGGUCUAUUGGAACUCCAGUAACCCCAGGCUGCUUCGAGGAGACGCCGUGGUGGAGCUGGGCCUCAAGGAUUACCUAGACAUCUUCUGCCCACACUAUGAGAGCCCAGGGCCCCCUGAGGGCCCGGAGACCUUUGCCUUAUACAUGGUGGACUGGUCGGGCUAUGAGGCCUGCCAGGCGGAGGGGCCAGGUGCCUUCAAGCGCUGGGAGUGCUCCCGCCCCUUUGCUCCCUUUGGCCCUGUGCGAUUCUCAGAGAAGAUUCAGCGCUUCACACCCUUCUCCCUGGGCUUCGAGUUCUUGCCUGGAGAGACCUACUACUACAUCUCAGUGCCAACUCCGGAGAGUCCUGGCCAGUGCUUGAGGCUCCAGGUGUCUGUCUGCUGCAAGGAGGACAAGCCUGAGUCGGCCCAUCCUGUUGGGAGCCCUGGAGAGAGUGGCACGUCAGGGUGGCAAGGGGGGGCCACUCCCAGCCCCCUUUGUCUCUUGCUCCUGCUGCUGCUCCCAAUUCUGCGUCUCCUAAGAGUUCUCUGAGCCAAGCGGACCCUGCCACCCCCAGGACCCAGAACCCUCCCAAGACUCCCUGGAGGAGAGCCCCUGCCACCUACCUGAGCUGGGAGUGCCAAGCAGGACAGACAAAAUGGAAGAGGUCAGAGGGUCUGAGGUGACCUUCUUCCAGGUGUUGGCCUCCCCAUCUUAGGCCAAAGAGGAGCUGCAGGGGAGCAGCAGACAGCCCUGGGCUCCCUGGAGCAGAGGCGAGACAAACAUAAGGUCUCUGUCAACUGCUUUGAUGUUCUCAUCCCAUCCCCCCAGAAGCCUGGGAUUUGGUGGGAUGGAGCCUGCUCGGGACCAAGGCCGAAGACCUGGAAACAUGUGGAUUGCUGGACCAGGGCAAGGAAGAAGACCAGCCUGCCAUCUGUGCCCAGUGGUCCUCUUCCCAGGGGCAGCACCUUUUCCUCCCCAGGUGGGGGGUCACUCACUUGUCUUCUGUGAAGACGGACUUACCAUGAGGUUGAAUUCAUGGCACUGUAUUAUAUUUUUCUAAGUAUCUUUCUGAACCAAACCUUCAAUAAACCACCCAUCUUUUUGUUGCUUUCCUCAA